CAUGUGAAGACUCAAUAACAGUGAAAAUGAACUGAGUCACUUCCUCUGAAAUGUGACAUCAUAAAAACAAGUAGAUGCACUGCCUUCGGUUGUCACUGUCUGUUGUGUGCUGCUUUCCUGGGAAAAGUGCUUUUUUUAUGCCCCAAUCUGCAGUAAAUACCAGGAAAUACAUGCAGCUCAGGCCAGUAAUGGCACUCAUGCUCGGCAGUAAAUUAAUGUGGUUCAGAGGUUACGUAAAUGUUUUAUAUACUUGGAGUUGCUGUUGACCGAUUUGUCAGUGACACACGUGUGGGCAGUGUAUGCUACUGCUGCUGCUUUAAAAUGCCAAUGGUGGUGCCAGUGUUGUAAACGGGGCUGUAAGCAGCAGAGAGAAGAAGGCUGUUUUGUGGUGUGGUUACCAUUUUGGAGUCAACCCUCAAUCCAGGAGUGUGAAUCACAUUCUUAAUUAGAGAACGUAAUCUAAACCACGUGUAAAUAAUUAGCCUUCGGGGUAGCAGGGCUGUUCUGAUGUAUACGAGUCUGUAUUUUACAUCCCAUAAGUUGCCUGAAACAGUCCAACAGACAAGUCCACGCAGACUGAAAGGGUAAUUAAUAAGUGAAGACAUAAACACGCACACACAAGAAGAAGUACUGUCUCUUUACUGAUGCAUUGUCUCAUAAGUGUUGUUUUUGAAAGGGCUUCAAUGUCUCUCCAUCCAUUCAUUAUACAUGCACCGCACAUCUGCCAAGCACCGAGCAGCAGAUGGACAAAGUUAGCAACCAUGUUGUGAACAUAAUGGAACAUUUAGCCUUUAAAUAGCUAAUUAUUUCCAUUAGGAGCUGAUGAGAACUUAAACCUACAUAGAAGGGAAAAGUGGAAAUUGAUCUUUGGCUCAUCAGGUAGAGACAUAAAAGUAACCUUUCUAUACUUUUCUAUCUUAUUGAGGGGCAGUCAGAAACUAAAUGGAUACCACUGAAUCUAUUUAUCCAUUGUUUUAUAUGCUAACUGCUGCUGUUCGGGGUCACAGGGGGCUAAAGCCUAUCCCAGCUGUCACUGGGCAACAGUUGGGAUACACCCUGGAAAUGUGGCUAUUCUAUCAAGGGGCGUGACCACACAUGAUUUUCUUUCACAAUCCUGGCCUUGGUUGUCUCUUUUGAACUUUCACUGAGCAAUCCAACAUGCUAGUAAGUUAUGGUCAGCGACACCAAAAUCCAGAGCCAUAAAAUAGCUCAUUUACCAAAGCGCCCCUCUCUUAACAUCAUUAAAUUCCUUUGCAGAAACGAUACAGGGCUGGAAGCUUAAAGCAAACCGUGGCAGAAGCUAAGAGAAACUGAUAUCAAGCAUGUGAGGUCUUAAAUAUUUUCAAGCGUGUGUGUGUGUGUGUGUGGUUUAAACUGCCUUUCAAAGAUAACCCAAGAGAAACAAACAUCACAAUCAACAGCAAAAAAGUGAUUAAUGACUGUGACUGCUCCAAGAGUGCAUCAGGUCCAUGUUAUUUUCUUUGAAGACUGCAGCUUUUCCAGCAGUUGAAAUAAUUUGUAUUUUUAUCAUAGGGCCAAUACUGGAUACAUUUGAAAGAUUUUUGUCUCUAAAUACAAAUAACAUUAUUUAAAAAAAAGGGCUUCCAACAAUAAAAUACAAAGCUUUUUCACUUUGAAUGCUUUUCAAAGUGACAUCUAGCCAAUCAGUCCCUCAGGGAACAACAGUCUGAUUAAGAUGAAGUUUUCUCUUUUGCUCUUUUUUGUUUUUAUUCUACUUAAAAGGACCUGAGCACACUGAUGCCACUGAUGAGUUGUUUGAUGAAGGACUAAAGACAUUCCAGGAAGCAUAAUUCUUGAAUAAGGAGAUCUCCUUUUGUGCCAAGACAUGUGGCUUGGACUACGCUCCCCUCCUAAUUUGCAAUCCCUCUUUGUUCCUUGCUCUGUCUCUUUCCUCUGCGUCUCCUAUUAAGACUCAUCCUCUAAUUAUUUGUCUUCUUUGGUACUGUACUGUGUGUUGUCGUCACAUAGCAGCAAAAUUGUGCAGGAUACAAGCGGGCAAGAACCUGCGUGCAUGCAGUAUUUUCUAUGUAAACCGCUCUUGCCAAGUGUUUUCUGGUCUGAAGACUCGGGACAAGAGAAAAAAGCGAGUCUACUCCCUUGUUCAUGAUAAGAAGGCAGUCUAGUCUCCUGUUUAUUAUUUCACACUGUGCAGUCGCCAUUAGGGCUGAAAGAUUUGCAUUCAUCUUUAAUCGAUAUAUCAGGAAAAAAAAUCACUUUCCCUGGAACUAUUUGUUCUGACUGAAGGUAUUUACUUUUACACUUCCAAGAAUGUUAUUAGCACUUUUAUUCAUUCAGGACCUCCGCAGUGUUAUUGUGAGCUCUGGUUCAUCUAAUUUCCCUUCAGUAAAUUAGAAGCAGUUGUUACUCCCCAGUGCUAGCCGAGCAUGAUCAGAGAUUUUUCUUGUAUCAGUGAAAGUAAUAUCGAAGCAAAGCACAGGUGGCUCUCAGACGUUCCUGUGAUUCCACAUUCUCUCUCCAAGAAUGAAAAUAUCACACAUGUGCCAACCUCUAAGGGAGUGAUGGCAAAGUGUUAAACCUCAAUCAGAGAAGUGUCCGUUUCAUAUUAUUCCUAAAAGUUAAUUCUGUUUAUCUAGGCAUAGGGUUUUCAGUCGGAGAAACAUUUAAUCACGUCCCUUAUCUGAGUGACUUUUUCCAGUCUCAGCUGAUCAAUGGUCAUGACAAUUUGCAUAUUAAUGAUCGAGAAACGGACUUCCUUGUGUUUUCCUUACCUGGAUAAUUGAGCAUGCAUCAAGACAUUGUGCUUUAUUCUUUACAGGGUACCCAUGUAUCUGUCCAAAUGAUGGUAAGAUUUUUCACAUGCAAUUAAAAAGUUAAACCACAUGCACAGGAAUGCAGUACUCUGGUGAGUGUUGUUUGACAUUUUGACAAUUAACUGAUAAGACUGUAUAAACAAGUGUGUCUGUGUGUUCUACAAACAGCAGCACUGCUUUCUUCUGUCACUAAUGCUACGCUGAUCCCUGCUCCUCAACCAUCUGCUCCAAAAAGCCAAAAGGUUUGGAUUUUCUGCGGUGGUCUGUGAUGGUUGGGAGAUGUCGCGGCUCUUGGUGCUCUGCGUGUUUGUAGCCAUCUUCAGCUACGUUUCUGUUUCUAUAGAGGUUUGCACCAGCUCCUUGAUACCAGGAGCUAAAGGGGACCAAGGUGAGAUUGGAGAUGAUGGAGAUCAGGGGAAACUGGGGAAGAAUGGACCACCAGGACUUCCAGGAGUGCCGGGGGAGUCGGGCCUUAAAGGAGAAUUGGGCCACACAGGAAAGAUUGGGCCUACUGGAGACAGAGGUGACAAGGGUGAUAAAGGUGUAGAUGGACCAGCUGGUUUAAAAGGGAAACCAGGUACAAUGUGUGACUGUGGGAGGUACAGGAAAGUGGUUGGACAGCUCGAUAUCAAUGUAGGCAAGCUGGGGAAUGCAGUCAAGUUUGUGAAGAACGUGGUUCUAGGCUUGAGAGAAACAGAAGAGAGGUACUACCUGCUGGUGAAGGAGCCCAAGAGGUUUAGAGAGGCUUCAAUGAACUGCAAGCUCAGAGGAGGCACCCUGGCCAUGCCCAAAAGCACCAACAUCAACCGUCUCAUGGCAGACUAUGUUAGUCAGGCAGGACUGACAAGAGUGUAUAUAGGAGUGCAGACUCAAACCAAGGGCAUGGACGGGAGCAGUCACAUUUAUGCAGACUCCACCCCUCUGCAGGGUUUUGCAUCUUGGAGCCAAGAGGAGGAGCUACAGCCCAACACAAACUCCAGCUGCGUGGAGCUGCUCAGCACUGGAACGUGGGCUCACGUGGAGUGUGAAGCCACCAUGUUUUUCAUCUGUGAGUUCCCGAAGAGCAGGAGAAGAAGAGGAGGAAGAGAGGCAGUUGCCUCGUCAUCAUCUUGACCUUGACCACUCACUGCACAUGUCAAGACAGGGAUCAGACUCCUGAAAAACACAUUUAUAUUUCACAUUUCCUGCAAAUAUGCAGACAAUUUCAGUUUGAUUGAGACUACUGUGUUCGCGUAUAUAUGAACCAUUACCACCAACAAAUCAGUAAAAUUGUUCUAAAAUUAACUAAAAUUGGGUUUCCUCUUUUAAUUUCUUUUUCUUUUACAGUUGUAGUGGCUUUCACUAUCCGAUAAAAUAUGGGGCUCACUUUUACAGCAGUUUUUACCUAUUCUGUGGCACUGCAUCGGUAUCAUUGAAGGCUACGGCUGUACUGAAAAAUUUAUAUCAGGGUUCAAGAGGUUGGUUUAAGCAAUUAGAUUAGAGUAAAAUGGUCUUGUGCUUAAGCACACAGGCUUAUCGUGCUAUUUCACACAGAGAGUUACUCACAACUCCAAAGCAAAUUAAAGUUUACUAAACGUCUAUAAGAGAUUUACAACUGCUGUACCCGUCUGCUCAAUUACACGUGUCCAGAAGUAAAGUACAAAGAAUAUAUGAAGAAAAACUGAGUAAGAAAAC